CAGCAAAAAGUGAAUUCUGCUUUUGAUAUUAUUCUUUUUAUUAUUCUUAAAAAAAAUUUUUGGACCCCCUCUCUCUCUCUUUCCACUCUUUUUUCCUUUCUCUCCCCUUGAGAUUGCCGGCUGCUUUAUUCCGACUGCCUCUUCGUGAAUCUUUUUCGCUAAAACACUCGCGCAUUUCCAAGCCGUCGGUCGUCUCACCUAACCUAACCUGGCCUAACCUUCUCCUCUCCCACCCACCCUCAUUACUCACCCUCACACUCCACGCCGACCGGCCCCAUCAUCACCACCACACCCCCUCGCCUCACCUCACCUCACCUCACCUCACCACCUUCACUACACUAUAUUCACCUCACCCUAACCUCGAACCCUUCCAUCUUCCUCCACCUCAAAUCAGGGUAGCUUUUCCCCUUCCCCCGGCCACGGUAUUUACCCUUCCUUUCCUUCUUCCUUGCACACUUUUCUUAAACCCAGACAUUGCCUACUCCAUUACACACACACACACUCACACUCACAUACUCACACACUCACACACUCACACACUCACACACUUCCACGCACACACGCUCCCUGCCCACUCAUCCCCUCAGACCUUCCCUAUACUAUCUUCAGUUGGUGUUAAGGCGAUUAAACCGCCUGCUGCUGCCCGUUGGACUGGAACAUACUACGCUUUCCGCUGCGUCUCCGUCCCUCGUGCUGUGUUGUCCGUGCUUUGCUUUGCUUGGAAAUAUCCCUCUUGUCGCCCCGAAUCCGGUUGGCUAACUUCGUUUAUUCCCUCUCCUACUCAGUAGGACAACCAUCAUCUUCAACCACCUCACUGCCCAAACCCACUCAUCCACGACAGCAGCCGAAGGAACUGCAACACUCCCCUCCCCCCUACCGGUACCUUCCUCAGCACCUCAGGUUCAGCUUUUGGUUCGUUUUGGCCGCCCUAUCCCUCUGGUCCAGUGCACUGAGAACGUAUUUCUCUUUUUUUUUCACACCUUGUUCGGGUCUAUUCACCUUAAAGCUCGGUUGGUUCACUUCUUGGAUUGAAGCUUUCCACUUGCCCAUUCUAUAAUUUCUCCGCGAGUGGUUUACAUCUUUCCUCUAUCCUUGUUCUCCUAGGUCUGUGAUUGCAAUGUUGCUUUUUUCGCCUUUUUUUUCUUCUAUCGGUUGGAAUUAUCAACUAAUUGAAUUUUUAGUUCGCUUCCUAUACGUUAGCCAUGCGAGAAGUAAACUUUAGUAUUCCCAAUGUCAACAAGGCCUCAGUUAGUAUUACCACGGCUCUAUACGACCGACGCGCAUUAGAUUGCACAUCCACAUUACCUCUUAUAAAUUCUCUAAACCAUCUAGCGUAUCUCACCACAUCUUCAGCUCGCAUCAGGGAUAUUCUUACGGUUGAUGGCGGUGUGGAACGGCUUGUUUGCAUCCUGAAGGCAGGGAGGAGUAAGGAUUUGACGAGCAUGUGGAAAUGGAACUUGGCCUUCCAAUGUGUAGUCAACAUCGGCGUCCGGGGAUCCGAGAAUGUACGGACAAGGGUGGUAGAGGCCGAUAUGGUUCCGGUGAUUGCGACAAUAUUAGACAACUACAUUCAGGUUAUCGACAAAUUGCAGUCAAAGGCGGAGGCCGCGAGUGCAAAAAAGUCGGUUUCGGGCGGUAGCACCCGGUCGAGGGAAAGCAAGAUUCACUCUUUCUACGAGAGGAAUGAGAGGGCAAGUGGCGGUGAGCGAAGUUUUCGCAGACAGGCGCCUCCACCGAUCGAAAUCCCGGCUCCCAUCUCCCAACACCGCGCGGAAACCCGAGGGGAGCCGAUCACCAAUAACUCACGGCACCCUUUGACGGUUCCUGGCCCUUCCGAGAGAGUGGCAUAUGUCCGCCAGUCGCACAAUCACAGCCGAGCACAUGAUACUCGUCAUCAUUUCCAUGCUUACCAUUCCGGCACUCAGGCACGUGAUCAGGGUGGAUUGCAGCCUUUGGCCGCCGCCCUUCCUGCCAUGGAUAUGGGGGUUGGUGCCUUUGGUCUAAGGCCUGUCCGUGAUGUUGAUCGACUGCCCUCUAUGUUACAGGCCGGUGGACCUUCGCAGCCUGAGUCACCAACCACACCUAACCCGCCCCCUCCCGCAUCUUCCAUCAGAGCCUCACGUCGCAGUGGCAGACCAUCUAUUCGCCAUCAGCGCUCUAUCUCGGGGGAAUCUGAUGACGCUGGUUCAGAUGAAAACCCGGUCCCUUCCGGGGGUAUGGAGAGUGGGAAUGAGCCGAUUGUUGGUAUCGAGACUGGAGAGGAUGGGCGUGAACCGAUUAUUGGAUCCGUGGAUACCCCUAUGGCAAUUGCUGGUCCUCAUGGCACAGAUGGCCAGGACGCCGAAACAUUUAAUAUCACACACAGAUCCCCGAUAGAUGGCAGCAUUAUUAGCCCAACCGCCAACACCAGUCCGACAAUUGGUUUCUUACCCAAUCCCCCAACUGUCAACCCGGCCUUGGCUAUUCCCUCCUCCUUCCAGGUUCCCACUCGAUAUCUCACCGAUAAUUCGUCUAUCGUCCUACCUUCAAUGCCUCAACCGGAGGAUGUCCUGAUGUCGCUGCAACUAUUAGCAUAUGUUUCAAAGUACUGCAAUUUGCGUUCAUACUUCCAGAAAUCCCACUUGGUGCCAAACCUUUCUAUAAGUCGCGAAAUCCACCUACUGGACGAUGACCCGAAUAACUUUGGGGCUAGAUCCCAACCAAUCCCGCUUACCGAGGAGGAAGAGGAGCAUCUGUUGCCUGAUGACCUUAACAUUUUUCCGCUUGUUGAGAAAUUCACCGUUCGUCACCACGCCCCGGACAUGCAAUACUGGGCAGGAGUUGUCAUGAGGAAUCUCUGCCGAAAGGACGACUCUAGAGGAGGGAUCCGACAGUGUGCAUACUACGAGUGUGGCAAGUGGGAGGAGUUCACCCGACAGUUUGCAAAGUGCCGAAGGUGCAGACGCACAAAGUACUGCAGCAAAGAGUGCCAGAAGAGCGCCUGGGUCUACCAUAGGCACUGGUGUGUCGCGGCGCAGCAAUAGCAGAGCUAUAGUUGGAAAUCAAAAAAAAAAAUUCGUCUUUUCGUUUAUGCAUGCAGGACAACCUGUUAAACUGGUUUUUCCUUCCUCCUAUCAUAAUUUGCUUUCCCGGCGGCCAUGGAGUUCUUAUUCUUGUUCUUAGUUCUGGAUCGUGUUUUCCCACCCUUUUCUUCACUUUUUUUUUCUUUUUCCUUUCUAGUGGUUAUUUUUAAAAUUAUUCUUGGGUUUGGAGAAAAGGUGUAAAUUGCCCAUUGGUUUUAUUUUUCCCUUCUACCUUUAUAUCGCGGUUGCAUAGGCUUGAGAUUUCUCUUUUCUCCUACUUUCUCCUUCCUUCUUUAUUAUUCAUUCGGAUUAUUUAGGAUGUUAAGCUUUAGUUCGUGCUGUUUAAAGCUUAUGUUAAUUGACUAGCACAAUGGCAAAAACAAGAGCGAGAAGUGGGAAGAGGGAGGUAGAAAAAGAGAACCCAUCCCUUCGAACGUGUUUUUUUUCUGUUUUUUUCCCAUGCUCCUUCUGUCUUAGCGUGCUCCCUCUACCUCUAUAUCCCCUGCCAUUGGCACACCCUUUCCCCGGCAUCUUCUUUUCCCUUCUUUCUCAGCAUUUAUGUCAUCGCCGUCAUCGAGAUCAUUAUUAUUCAUACCCCCCACUCACGAACUUUUCCUUUGUACCAACUCACCCUCCUAUAACAAAACGUAUCAAGGUUAGCAUGGCAGUAUAGUUUUAUAAAAAAAAAGUUUGGCAAGGUCCGCAUUCUUUGCUUUCCUUUUUUUCCCCGUCCUUUUCAUUGAGUCAUUGAAUCUGUUUUCUGCUUUACUUUCUUGUGUCAUUCCGGAUCGACGGACGGACGGGGCGGUGGCCUUUCCUGAGCUUCGGUUGUUAUAUAAUUUCGUAGAAUGGGGCGGGGGGAUGAUGAGGGGAUGGGGGAAGGGGUUUAGAUGAGCCCCUGACCGACCGAGCGAACGAGCUCCUGGGGGGAUAAAUAGAAGUGUUUUUUUUUCUUCUCUUGGUUCUACUGAGAUUGCGAAGUGAGCGUCGUCGUGUUUGUAUAAUAUGAUACGCUCAUAUUUCUGAGUGCUUCCGUUGUACACUUGUGGGCUAGUACAGCUUAAGUUAGUGUCUUGCGAUAGCGCUGUUUCACCGGGACGUUGUGGAGGCGGU